AUGUCGGUGGAAGAUAAAACAGCACAAGGCGAAGAAGAACAUACAACAGCACAAGAAAGAGAGCAAAAUACAACUGCACAAGGAGGAUCGGCACAACGCCCAUUACGAGUCGGACCACCAUUGACACCAGAACAACAACUACAACAGGCAAUGGACAUCAUCCGUAACACCAUCGUCAACCAUCCCGAACUCGCCUCAGCUCAGGAACUUCAACAGCUCGUGGCUCUACAUGAUGAUGGUAAUAAAAGCAAAUAA